GAAACCGUGUAUAUCGGACAUGUUAUUGUGGAAAGCGCGAGUAACUCGCAAUGAGACGUAUCCGGGCUUGGGGCCAUGACAGCCUAGGGAAAAAAGACAAAGCACCGGAUAAGAGCGACGCCAAAGACAAAAGGUCGUUAAAGGACCGUUUUAGGACGAACUUUUCCUCACGGCAUCUUGGCGAGGAGGAAAUACUGAAAAGUACGGUAACCGAAAGGUCUAAUUGUCUUGAACCAGUCCAUCAUGACGAUGAGCCUAGCAGGCCAAGAAGCGCGUCUCCUUGCGUUGAGACGUCUGAGGCACACUCCCUUGCAUCAAGGAAGUCCACGAAGACGCUGGAAGAACUCGUGAUGGGAAAUCUCUGGAAAGUGGCCCUCGAAGAAUUGCGAGAAAAGGACGGGCGCCUGGUUGCUGCGUAUGAGCAAGAUUUGGUCAGCGAGUCCAGUAAGAAUCAGGGUCAGGAUGGAGAAAGGCAAAUAGAAAGUGGCCGCCUCAGCAAGCCAGAACCGCAACAGGAGCUUGUACGCGAAGCCCUACAAAGACUGGAAGACGGCCAGCUCUUCAUACCCAGACGAUGUCGCCAAACUGCGAUCGGGAGUCAGGUUCAGCGCAUUGUUCAAAUUAUCCUGUCCGUCAAGGAUGUCAUAUCGCAGGCAGUUAGCGCGGAACCUCAUGCUUCUCUUGCUUGGGCAGGUGUUCUGGUGGUGCUCCCGCUACUCUUGAAGCCAUUUACCCAGGUCGAGGAAGCAGCAAAGGGUAUCGAGUUUAUAUCAAGAUUGUUGAUUCGGUAUCAAGUCAUUCAGAGCUCUCAUAUCCAGGUAUUUAUCGCACCACCUGGUAAAAGUGAAAGAAUGACCAGCGUCGACCGGUUCUGUAGCUCCAUAAGAGAGCAAACCAUUAGUCUAUUUAAGCAGGUACUGGAAUACCAGAUUCGACUCGCCAGGCAAUUUUCACGGUCGGGGUUGUUUCGGGGAAUCAGAGACAUGGUGACUGCUGAUGAUUGGCUUGGGAUGACCACGAAUAUCGAGCAGAUUGACAAGUCAAUCCAUACUAUGUUGGCAGAAUGGUCCCAAAAGACCAUCCAGCAUAUCGAUGCAACAGUUGCGUCAAUGCAGGAAAAGAUGGACAAAUCCCUUUCUCUGGCUAUCGGCAUCAAGAAGGAUAUGAAUAUCCAGCACAACGAAGCGCUACUCAAAUCUAUGACCUGUGUGACUAGUGCAGCCUAUGGAUUCUACGACCAAGACAAGGGAACCUGCCUCGAAGGGACGCAGGUAACUGUUCUCGAGAAGAUUCAGCAAUGGAGCAUUGGCUCUGAAGAGAAGCCUAUCCUAUGGCUUCAAGGAAUGGCAGGAACCGGCAAGUCUACUAUCGCCCGAACUGCGGCCGCAGCCUUUCGGAAUGGAACAUUGUUAACAAGUACCGGUGCUCUCCCGGAUAAUGUUUGCUUUGGGGGUAGUUUCUUCUUUGACCACAAGAAGCAGGACUGCAAGGACCCCCGGAACCUCUUCCCGACAUUGGCUCGUCAGCUGGUUGAAGUGAUCCCAGAGAUCCAAGAUGCCGUUUGUGCAGCGAUUGCCAAUCAUCAUGAUAUCCAACAAAGGACACUCCGUGAUCAGUGGAGGUACCUGAUUUGGGAGCCCCUGUCCAUGCUUCAAAGUGACCUUCAGGAUACGGUCAUGGUUGUCAUUGAUGCCCUAGAUGAAUGUGAAGUCAAGAUAAAUAACUACAAAGACGAUUUGGAGGUGAUAUUAGGGCUCCUGAGUCAGAUACAUCAGCUUCGCUUUGUGCGGAUACGUGUUCUCAUCACAAGUCGACCCGAAGCAGACAUGCAACGCCACAGCAAAAGUCUCUCCCAGAACAUUCACGACCAGACGUUGAAAAAGGUGAAACUCGUCAACAGCGCCGAUGAUCGAGAAGAUGACAUUACUCGCUUGAUCAAACAUGAGAUGGUUGCGAUCAAAAAGAGUCAUCCGCGCCUGCCUGCAGACUGGCCGGGCACCCAGUCUCUCAGACAGCUCGUCGUCCAGACAGAAGGUCUCUUCAUUUAUGCCUCUACCGUCUGUCGCUUCUUGCGUGAUGCGACCGAGCGAACCAUUCAGCGUCGACUCGAUAGGAUCCUGGACAAUGGAUUCGAUGGCAACUCAAAGGGCAACAACCUGGAUGAGAUGUACAACCAAAUUCUCGAGAUUAUUCUCACCGGAGAAACAGACAACGAUGAAGAGAUGUCAAACUUGUUCAAUCAAGUCGUGGGCUGUAUCAUAGUCUUGUCGCAGCCAAUGUCUUUGAUGGACUUAGGCGACCUCGUUCCCUGCCAGAUUGACGACAUAAGAUGGAUUCUGGGACAAUUAUGUUCGGUCAUCGAAGUGUCACAGAAUGAACACCAACCUAUCCAACUUGUCCACCUCUCCUUUCGAGACUUCCUUCUUGACCAUUCAAGAUGCAAGAAUGACCUAUUUUACCUGGAGGAGAAAGAGCUGAAUCACGUGGUGUUCGAACAUUGCUUGGAAUUGAUGUCGUGCUACCUGCGACGCGAUAUUUGCUGCCUCCGGGAACCCGGUAUCGAGCUAUCCCAGAUAAACCUGGAGUCAUUGGAUAUUAAAAAGCGGUUCCCAGACAGUGUGCGAUAUGCCUGUAUCUACUGGGCUGAGCAUCUCGAGCGUAGUGGUGAUGCAUCGCCCGCGGACGAAGCCCGAACUCUGGGCUUUCUUGAAACACAUUUUAUUCACUGGCUGGAGGCAAUGUGCCUGGUGGGAAUGGUUCCGCAAGCAAUCAACACCUUCAAUGUUCUCACAUCAAUGGAUAUGAGCCAGAAGAUGAGCAAUUUCAUCUUUGAGGCAAGAAGGUUUACAACAAAGUUCAGACUUCACAUCGAGAAGAUGCCAUUACAAAUAUAUACCUCUGCCCUUCCAUGCGCGCCUCAGAAUAGCGUCGUCCGAAAGCUGUUUGAAGAGGAGAUUCCAACCUGGAUAACACAGCUUCCGGAGGCACAAAGCGACUGGAGCGCUUUUUCACAUAAUCUUGGCACAUUGGAAAUAAUUCGCUCAUUGGAAUUCUCUUUUGACGAGAAAUUGUUGCUGGUCGGUAGUGGGCCCAAAGCCAGACUGUUCGAAACAGCUACCUGGACGUGUGUCCUGGAAAUCGAUGGAGACAGUUCUAGUGGGUUUGGACAAAUUGUCCUCUCUGCGGAUAGUACACGACUGGCAGCUUGGUUCGGUAAUGGUAAUGCCCGCUUAUGGCACGUGUGGGACGGAAGAUGGGUCGAUGUUGAAGCCCACCCAGCAAGGAUUGUUGGAACACAGUUCUCAGGAGAUGGAGUUAAACUUGUCUGUCUAUUGGAUGACAACACGAUGCUGAUAGCGGACGGACACACUGGUGACAUCCUAGCGAAGCUGUCGCACGGCGUCGCAGCAGUCCCGGUAAGCAACAUUGAUUUGAUGUAUUUCAAUCUUGCCGUAUCCAACAAUUGCCGGUUGAUUGCAAUUGUGGAUGAGGGGAAGUGUAUCAACGUCUUCGACCAGACCCGAGACUCGAUUGUUUACAGCUAUUGCCAUUAUCCUGGGCGUCGUGGUACCAUAAGACCCCUGACCUUCUCCCCAGAUGGGAAGCUUUUGCUAUCUGCAUCGACCAAUGGCUACGUCGUCGUAUGGGACUCAGAUUCGGACAAGCUGCAUGAGGUUGAAGCCGGGGAUAUGGUACUGAAAGCAGCAUUUUUGGCUGAUUCCACCGCUAUUGCCAUUAUCUAUGAAGACUUGACAGUGUCCACGUGGAUCUGGGAAACUGGACAAAUAGCAAAGCAGGAGAUUGACCGCUCUGGCCAGAACGCAAAGUUUUCUGCAUAUUGUAGGGUUUCGUUCCCCGAAUCCAGUCCAGUGGUCACAUGUAUGACGAGCGACAGGCCCGAUGGUCUCUGGAAGGAUAUCCAGACCACGUGUGCUCAAAUCAACCGCAAAUGUCGCGGGGGAAAUACAGCCAUUGCUUUGUCGCCUAAUGGAAGGUUUAUUGCAUCCAGUCAAGGGAGCGAUGUUGCUAUUUGGGAAGUGUCUGCACAAGAGAGCCAAAACCCGAGUGUUGAAGAUGAUGGUACUCUUGUAUCGGUGGAAGUAUCGCCCGAUGGAAACUCGGUUGCUUCGUGUUAUUUGUGUGCAGUCAAACUGCGGAAUGGAAAUACCGGGGAGCUGAGAGAGACCUGGACUGUUUCACCAAAUUCUUUCUACCACCACAUGAGCUUUUCUGCAGACAGCAGGGUUUUUUUGCUCGGUUCGUAUGACGGCCAAGUCCUACUGUGGGAUGUUGUAAGCGGACAGCCGCUGACCAGUAUCCAAGUCUCGAACCUUUCUGAUCCCAAGAUUGCUUUAUCACCAGACAAGACCUUGCUUGCACUGGCUUCGUCAGGAUGGACUGACAGUAUGCACUGUGAACAUAUAAUCCUGUGGGACCUAGUGAAGAACAAGGCCCUCCGCGAGUUUAAGCUGUUCGGAGAGCCUGAGCAUGUGGCCAUUUCGCCCGACAACGGCACCAUAGCUGUUUCAUCACGUCGGGCAAUCAGCAUGUAUAGCUCUGCGGGAACUAUUUUACAUUCUGUGAACCACGGAGGAGAAAAUCCCGCUUUAGCAUUUUCGGCAAGCGGAGAGCUGAUUGCCUCUGCGGACGAGAAAAUUACCAUAUGGAACGCAGCAACAGGGCAGAAGUUGGGCGACAUUCCGUGUGAUCGCUAUGUGAGCUGGAUCUGCUUCACAGAUGGAGACCGCUCCCUUUCAACCAGUGAGGGACGAUUCUCAACUGCCUCCAUUCUGGCGAAUGAUUUGGAUAUGACCGGGUCCGGAUUAGUUUGGCGCGGCUUGUACAUCAUGAAUGGACGGAAGAGGAUUCUUGCCCUAAACUCCGAGUUCCUCGCUUCCAGCCAGUCUGUGCGGGGGGGCAAAGUUGCCCUGGUGUUUCCGCCUGAUCGAGUUGGUAUCCUCGGGAUCGAUACUGAAGUCGACCACAUCCUUUGAAUACAUCCAGACCUGG